CCAUUUCUCUUGGUCUUUAGAUUCAGAUCCAGGACACUCAAGUGAAACUUGGGGAGAACGAUUAAUACCAUCUUAUAGGACAUAUUCGGAAAAGGAAGGUCCUGAAAAAAAGAAAAUGAAAAAGGAGCCUGGAAACAAAAAAACUGUUCCCGUUUGCAAAACCACACUUGGCGGCAUACUUAUUGGGUAUCCCCUAUCGGAACGUCAGCAGAUGGCUCUAGUGAUGCAGAUGACUGCAAGAGAUAACAGUCCAGAUUCUACUCCAAACCAUCCAUCUCAAGCAACACCAGGGCAAAAAAAGACUCCAAGCUCAUCAUCCAGACAAAAAGACAAAGUCAAUAAACGUAAUGAGCGAGGAGAAACUCCAUUACACAUGGCAGCCAUUCGUGGCGAGACCAAGCAAGUUAAGGAGCUCAUCAGUCAGGGUGCUGAUGUUAAUGUCAAAGACUUUGCUGGCUGGACUCCACUUCAUGAAGCUUGCAACUUGGGUUACUAUGAAGUUGCCAAACAGCUAAUAAUGGCAGGCGCAGAUGUGAACACCCAGGGUCUUGAUAAUGAUACUCCACUGCAUGAUGCUGCAAGCAAUGGACAUAGAGAUAUUGUGAAACUGCUUUUGCGCAAUGGUGGGGAUGCAUAUCAGAUGAAUCACCGUGGAGAACGUCCUGUGGAUGUGGCUGAUUCAGAUGAAAUGGAGCAGCUUCUGAAAGGAGAGCUUCCUCUUUCUGAUGAUGAUGAUGAUGACAGUUGUACAGAAUCUGAAGAGUUGCCUUCUGUGAAUCCAUCUAGUGUUGAUGAUAUUAUGGAUGAUUCUGAACCAGAAAAAGAAUUAAAAACUGAUGCUAAUCAGCAGUUGACACCCUGCAAAUCAAUUACAUCAUCUGCUAUGGAUGAAUAUGAAUUCAAGGAUGAUGACGAUGAUGAAGUUGAAGAAGAAGAAAUGGGAAAGCUUCUAGAUCAGAAAAGGAUUCGAAGAAAGGAUGGUAAAAAGAACAUCAUAAAAGAGAACAGCAGCUACUUAACACCUCCAAAGUUAGAAUUGCAAAAACCAUUUAAAAUUAAAAAGCAAAAAUCAGCAAGAGUUCUUGUUUCAUCUAGCUCUGAGAGCUCAGAUGACGAACUACAUCAAGAGAAAAAAACUUGUUCAGCAAACUCUCUCGAGGUUGUUCCAGAUAGCAGCAGUAAAUCGGAUGUAAGGACCAAGAAAGAAAAUCUGGUUACCGUUGAACAGAAGGAAAAAGGAAAAGGGAAGAAAAAGGUGAAGAAGCAAAGUAAAAAUAAAGAGAACCAUGAAUUCAAACAGGAAAAAGAAGAGAAGGAAAAUGCUAAAUUGAUGCUUUUUUCCACGUGCUCUAGUUUGGACUCUUUAGAACGUACAAGAGAGGAGGAUUCAUUCAGAAAGUCUUUAUGUAUGAAAGAUGACUCUUCAGGUCAUCAAUUCCACCUUUCAACUUCCAAAUCACCGAAACAUGCAUGUGGAUUAAAUGAAAAACGAGCAAAGCCACUUAAACAGGAAAAUACCAAAACUGGCACAUCUACAGGAGCAUCAGACAUUUCCUUUCAAUCUGAAGUUGUGCGAUUUGAUCAUCUUACAGAUUCUGACUACACCUCUGAGAGUUCCAGCAACAAAUCUUUUAAGUACAAAGCAAAGACUAAAUAUCGCAAGAAAGAUCUACAUGUAGAAUUUGGUGAGAAGUCUGGAUCAAGAAGCAAAGAGGAGGAGACCGAUAUAUUUGAUAGCAUGGAAGAAGUGCUUAAAAAGACUGACAAGGAUGGCAAGGUUAUAAAAAAGCAUAAAUUAAAGCAUAAAGAUAAAGAAAAAAACAAAGUUAAAAAAGAGCAUGAAAAUGAGAGGGGAAAGCAUAGACAAAAAGAGAGUGAAAAAGAUGUAUAUCCUGAGUUUGAUAGAGAAUACUGGAAAGAGAACUUUUUCAAAAAUGAUGAUACUAAUGAAAUAUUCAAAGAAGAAAACUCUGAUUUAGCUCCAUCAGAAAAGUCAUUGAAAGAUAAAACUCCAGUUAAAGAGGAAAAAACAAAGGAGAAGUAUUUUAAGGAAGAAAGAUCUGUCAAAGAGGACAGAGAAAAGGAAAAGUGUAAAAAGAAUAAAAAGGAAAAACAUUCUAGAGAAGAAAAGGAUAUUAAACUUGCCAGUCUUGAAGAAAGAAAGGAAAUUGUGCUUACAGACAAAGAUGACUCUAUUUACUCUAGUGUCUUUGUGAAGAAAGAACAUUGGGAGCUAUUUGAGAGAGAGAAAAGCACAGAUAAAGACAAAUCUGAUACUCCAGAUAAAGAAAAGAAGGAAAACAAAGAGAAAAGUGAAAAGAAGUCCCCAACGAAAGAGAGAGACUUGGAAAAGUUGGAAAAAAAGUAUUCUGAUAGAGAUAAGAAAAUAAAACAUGAAAAUAGGUUGGAGAAAGAGAAAGCUGAACUUCAUGAAAAACCACAGGACAAAACUCUUAAUAAAUUACAAGACAGCGGAGAGAGAACAAAAGAAAAAGACCGUUCUAGUAACCUGUAUUCGACUGCAGAAAAGAUCCACCGGGAAAAUGACAAAUUGAAGAAUAUAUUCUCAGUUAAAAAACCUGAUGAGAAAGAAAAGAGUAAGGAAAAAUUGGAGAAAAGACAUGAAAGAGAAAAAAGUGAAAGGGAGCGUCACUCUAGUGGAAUGAAGGACAAAGUGGAAAAGGAAAAACAUUCUGUGGAGAAGAAGGUAAAAUUACUUGAAAAAGACUCUCAAGACAUCACAGUUAGUAAAGCUGUCAGAGUGAAAGAAAAAGACAGGGAUAUCGAAAAAGAGAAGAAGAAAGAAAAGUCUAGGGAAAGAGAAGGUGACCUUGUGACAAAUGCCAAGCACUUGCAAGAUGAGAAGAAACGUAACAAUGUUGAAGUUGGUAAAGCAUUGCAUGAUAAAUUAUUCUGCUCAAAGGAAAAAGUCAAAGACGACUUCCUUAAAACUCCUGAUACAAAAGAGAAGGAAAGAAAGGAAAAAGAUAGACCAAAGGAGAGAGUACCAAUAAACAUCACUGUUAAAGCAAAGCUUAAAGAUAUCGAAAUUGAUAAAUUGAAGUCUAAAGACUCUAGUUCUGUAAAGGAUGUGCGGCCAAAAGAAAAGAGACUAGUAAAUGAUGACUUGAUGCAGACCAGUUUUGAACGGAUGCUAAGUCAAAAGGAUUUAGAGAUUGAACAGUGGCACAAAAAACACAAAGAGAAAAUAAAGCUGAAAGAAAAAGAGAGGCAGAGGCAUCGAUCUGGCAUUGAGCUCACAAAGAUAAAAGAACGAGAAAAAUUGAAGAGUUCAACAGCGAGCAAAGAACUUACUAGGUCAAAAAGUUCCGAUCCAUCAGAGAUACAUUCUAAAGAGAAGCAGCUGAAAGACACCAAUGUGAGAUCACUGUCCACUGAUGCAAAACAGAAUUUGCCAGACACAUCAAGACCUUUAUUAAGUUGUGAAAGUAAUUUAACUGCAUCUCCCAGACAAGAACGUGAUCGGGCAGGGCUAACGUCAAGGUCUAUAUCAAUGAUUUCAGUUGCAAGUUCAGAAGACUCAUGUCAGACUUCAGCUGUAGCAACACCACGGCCUUUAACAGACUAUGAUUCAGAUUUCACUAUUGAGGGUUCGGAGUCUCAGUCUUCCUUUUCACAAUCUGUAUUUCCGUCUAGUGCCAAAUCACCUGCUGUAUAUGAACGAGAUUUUGAUGUUUUAGUUGAUGUACCAGAUCGACUUAAAUCGCCAUACUCCAGUAAACUUUCAGGAUCUUAUCUGAGGUCAGUCUCUGCUGACAGUGCUAGAUAUGAGAAUGAAUGUCGGUUAGUAGGUGAUAUUCGGAGAUGCAGUAUACCAGCUGUGGCAAAUGACCAUGAUAAAUUGUCCCAUAAGCAACUUGAAGGUAACCUACCACCUUCAAGUGAAAAACAAUAUAGUUUUUCACCAACAGUACAACCCCAAGUAUGUAUUUCUCCCCAAGCAGAACCACUUCCAGAUAGUGGCACUGAAGAGAGCACAUUUAAUAGUACUUCCUGUUUACAAGUUUCUGUUCCCACACCACCUGCUGUCAUUGUGCCAAACAGCACUAAUUAUUUAUCGCAGGAUGCAAAUUCCAACAGCAUAAUUCAAAAUACUUCACAGCAGAUGCCUGUGGUGCAGCCACAAAUAAACUGUUUGAUUGGCAGCACUCAGUCAAAUAAACCAUUGGAAAUAUCUUAUGACAGGCUUGAUGGUCCUUUACACAGCAAUAAUGAUGGCAAUUCAGCUUCAGCAGCUUGUGAGAAAAAUAUUUUUGGCCCAUUGCAACAUGUUUCGCAAGAGUGGGGAUGUUCAGACCAGUUGACUUCAGAAUUGGUAUCAAAGUCUCCACAAAUGACUUGUAGUGAGCCUUCUCAAGUAGCAAAUGUUCAAGAAUCAGCAUCCUAUUUUUCACCUACACAUUCUUCCACCUCCUCUUGUAUGAGGGCAAUGUUAGAUAAUGAUGCUACCCCUCCAGUUCUCUUUUGGCCAAAAUGUGCAACUCAAGAUUUUCCACAAGCUCAGACUUUGCAUGAUACAGAUCGGUCUUCGGAUUCAUGCACACCAGAAUGUGCAGGAAUUGCUGAUGGGAAGGAUGCUAAAUAUCCUCCUCUUGACACAAAUGCUGACCUUACAAGUCACAAGACAACAGAAGAGGUGUCACUUUGUUGUAAAUCAGAUGAAAUGCAGGGCUUGGAAGAGACUUUCUCUCCAUUGUCCACAUCAUUAUCAGACAGCAAUAAUGUGAGCGAAAACCUUGUGGACCAAACAAGGCCUCUCCACAACAUAUUAAAUGAAUCUCAAGAAAAGAUGGAAGAAAGUGAAACAAGUAUUACUUCAGCUGGUCAAGAACCAACAUAUAAUCGAGAGGGCUCAGAAUUAGACAAGGAGUUAGUAACCUCUGUUGACGAAAUACAGUCCGAACCACCAGAAGAGUCAGCUGAAGCAAUGCCUUCCACUGAACAAACAUGCAUGCAUUCUGUAAAUAAUGAGCCUGUAUCCUUGGAAAGUAAAACUCAAGACCAAGAUUUCUCAUUGGAGAUGGACUUUUCUCAACUUUCAAAGAUUACUGCUCAAGAAGCAGUGGUGAUGGAAGAGGUAGCACUAAAUGAAAGAAGGCAGUCCACUGAGUCAGCAAAGGAGGAAUCGGAAGAGCAAAUGGAAGCUGACCGAACAGAACAAGAUAUUCCUCAGAGGAUUACUCGUAAUAGAGCAAACAUACUUGCCAAUCAAAACAAACAAUCUGCUAUCAAUUGUGUACAGGUAUCUGACAAAGACACAGAAAGCUCUACACCUGUGAAAACCAAGUCCAAGUUCACAGAGGAGGAAGAAGGACAAGUGCAUCAUCCACACAAACGAAAGAUGUCACGAGUUCCACAUCCUGCACAAGUUAAAUCCACACUGCAGCAAGCAAAGGAAAAGACACAGCAGUCACUGGCAGCCAUUGUAGAUUCUUUAAAACUAGAAGAAAUUCAACCUUACCAUUCAGAAAAGGCAAACCCUUACUAUGAAUACCUCCACAUUAGAAAAAAGAUAGAAGAAAAGCGUAAAGUGCUAUGUAGUGUCACUCCUCAAGCACCGCAGUUUUAUGAUGAAUUUGUUACAUUCACUGGAUCAUACUUGCUGGACGGAAACCCUCUGAGCAAACUCUGCAUACCAACUAUAACGCCUCCUCCAUCUUUGUCUGAAGCACUGAAAGAACUCUUCAGGCAACAUGAAGUUAUACGAAUGAAGCUUCGAUUACAACAUAGUAUUGAACGGGAAAAGCUUAUUAUGUCAAAUGAGCAAGAGGUUCUGAGAGUCCAUUACCGUGCAGCAAGGACACUAGCAAAUCAAACUUUGCCUUUUAGUGCCUGUACUGUGCUUCUGGAUGCAGAAGUUUACAAUAUGCCUCAGGAUCCUCAGGGUGAUGAAAACAAAACAUCGGUGAGGGAUCGAUUCAAUGCACGUCAAUUUAUGUCAUGGUUGCAGGAUGUAGAUGAUAAGUUUGAUAAAUUAAAGACAUGUCUUCUUAUGAGACAGCAGCAUGAAGCUGCAGCAAUGAAUGCAGUGCAAAGACUAGAAUGGCAGCUUAAACUACAAGAGCUUGAUCCUUCUUCACACAAAUCUUUGAGCAUCUUUGAGAUUCCUGAGUUUUACAUCCCUCUUGUUGAUGUCAAUGACGACUUUGACUUGACACCAAUCUGAUUGUGCAUGUGUUUUGGAGGUUUUAAGCAAGUGCAUAAAAUGACUUGGAUACAGUCACUGCUGAAUGAUACAGGACAGUUACAGAUAGGCAUGUGUAUUUUCUGCCAGAGCACUUUUACGAUAAGUGAGGAAUUGAGGAUAUGGGUACUUGUGGCAACAAAAGUGCAGUUCUUUCCUGCAUAUUGAUGUGAGAUUCAGCACUAACGCACUGUGACUUCACUUCACUGUUUACCAGAAACCACUACUACAUUUCAGUAGUAUACAUAGCUGAUAAAUAGGUUAUCAUUCACUCUUAAUAUCUGCCUACUCUUUAAAGUUUACAAGUUGGGGGCAUUUGUUGCAUAUGCUAUGUUAUGUUCAUACCAGCAGCGCUGGCAGCUGCAAGGUUUUAGGGGCAUAGUGAUACUCUAUCCCCAAGAAGGAAUUGAUGGUACAGUAGAACCUCACAUUAGCACUCAUGGGUAGAGUGCUGCCUCAUUUAUAAUAUUACACAAUGGCUCAAAACUACCAUAGGCUUUUCAGAAAUAUACAGAUGUUUUUGGAUAACAUUCUAAUAAGAAAUCAAAUUUGCCUAAUUUCAAAGAAAUCAUACUUUACAGUAUCUUUAAAUUCAAAACAAAAACUAAGAUGCACUUGCAGGUUUUGUAAAUGUUUCAAAAAAUUAAUGGUAUUUAAAACUUUCUCUGUUUACAUGCUUGCACUUUGUUAAAAUUAUUCACCUUAUUGUUUUGAGCACUUCAGAUUCUAUUCUCGUCAACGUUUUUGAAAAAUAUUUUCCAGGUCUCUCAAACGAGGGAGUGUCUGAUUGUUUGUCUUUGUGGGCCAUAUAGGUGCAUGUGAAGGAACUUUAGGGGAGGUAACUCAGUUUCAAUUAAUGUUUCAGUUAAUUUUCUUAGAUCUCAAGGCGCUAAUGGUAACAGAUCAAAUGUUUGAAUGUAUAAGCGAGCCAGACUGUUGAGUCCUUUUCAACUUCCAGAGUUUGAAACUUCAGACAGCACACCCAUCAAAAAAACACAAAUGAGAUAAUGUUUCUGGGGUUCAGGAGUUACAUGUAGCUCAUUGAGGACAAUAGGAUUAAUGCACCUUUCCUGAACUACAUGCUCUGCUUUUGAUCAUUAUUCACCGAUCUCACCAAUUCUCUUUGCAGCUAUGGUUGCAGAACUUUGAUUUUAAAAUAAAACAUUCUUCCAACACUAUUCAUUAUUUUUUUCUGCUGCUGCCACUUUGUUCACUAUCACUUUUUUUGAACAUUUUCAUACCAACUAGAUUGGGUCCAUUAAGUGCAAGGUACAAGUUCAAGUUCUGAUCUUGAGCCAGCUUUUCUCUCCACCUUCAGUCAGAAGGCUUUGAGAUUUACCAUGCUCCGUUGGCUAAACUUGAAAAGUCAGUGGCUGGAGGUGUACAGGGCUGAGUGUAGUUUGCUAUACUGCUGAAACAACCCUCAUUCUGGGUUCAUGACAAUCUUGAUGUCUUCUAAGACCUAUCAUUCUCAGAAAUUGAAACGGCUUUAAGAUAAAAACUGGAGGUUCUUUAAAGCUGCCUUUACAUCUGUUUAACACUGAACUAAAGCCACCAAUUCUUAAUGUGUAAGUUUUGUACAGCCAGUAUCAGCACCAAGAUAAUUACAAUAUUUGAUACGGUUGCAGCUAGGAAGACUUGGUAUUAAAAAUGUUCUCUAUCGUUGGUCUUAAUGAAUCUGAUAAUGCCACCGCACAAGACCUACAUACAAGGAGCUAGUGGCAUUGACCGCAAACUAAAGCAAUAUAGAAGCAGCUUAGUAGACUUGCUUACGUUUUCCCCUCCCUCGUCUCUGUGAUUCUUAUACUGUUCCUCUUUAUAGUCAAUUGCCUGGCUCCCAAGUACAUACAGGGACACUCUUUCCCAAUGGACAGUUGUACCCUAAGAAAAAACAUCUUGGGGCUUUUAUUGCUUUACUGCCGUGAAGAGGCAAGCACUGUACUCUGAAGAAGACUUAGUUUAAUUUUAAAAUGAACAGACAAAUUAGCAACAAAAGAAUAUUCCCAUCUUUUUCAUUUCACAGUUAUCUGUUCUGAUCUUAAAUAUUGUACAGAUUCUUUUGUUUUGGGGCAGGGGGGGAAUUCUGCACAGAUGUAUUAUUUUGUCUUUUUUUAAAAAUAAGUUAUUUUAUACAUAUCAUCCCGCAGUUGUAAAUAACAUUGUAUUUAACAAUAUUGUUUAAAAAUGUACAAAGAAAAUUAUAUAGUUAUUUUGAUUGUAUAGCUCAUUAAUUGUCUAAUGUUUCAAUGGACCAAAGUUGCAAUUGAUAGUUGGUUUUAUAUUGAUUGUAGUGUGCUGUGGUUUGACCUUGUUUGUUAGGCAUGUGUUUGGGUUUGCUUUUUUUACAUUGCAGCAGUUGUUUGAACUUACAGUUACAAUGCAAUGCAUGCAUUACCAGAUUAUCUUCAGUGUCAUGUUCUUCUCCACCUCUUUCCCUACACCCUGAAGAAAAAUCUGCAGCAGAACCUAUUUUUUCAGCACAAAUGCUUUUUCAAUUAUAGUUCCAAAAGUGUAAAUUGUUUAUUUUAAUAUUUACCUGUUGAUUAUUAUGUAAAUAUAUGUAAAUAUAUUGUUAAAUAAAUUUUAAUGGUCAUGUUAAUUAAAUGGAGUUGUAUCUACA